AUGGCCACCAAGGGACCCGAGAUCCCAAAGCAGUACAGAGCCGUGGUAUACGAUAGCCCCGGCUCCAUCUCAACCAAGAUUACAACAUUGGACACGCCAGAACCUGGACCAGGCGAAGUGCUGAUUAAUAUGACGCAUUCCGGUGUCUGUCACUCGGACUUGGCUGUCAUGACGAAUGGUUGGACAUCGCUCCCUGCUCCAACACCCAAGGGUCAGGUUGGCGGCCAUGAGGGUGUGGGAAAGGUCGUCAAGCUGGGACCAGGAGUUGAGUCUACGGGUAUCAAGAUUGGAGAUCGUGUUGGAGUGAAAUGGAUCGCUAGCUGUUGUGGAAGAUGUGAACCUUGCAUUGUCCGCGAAGAUGGUCUCUGCUUCAAUCAACAGAUCUCGGGCUACUUCACCCCAGGCACCUUUCAACAAUACGUACUUGGGACAGCUGCGUGCGUGACGCCUAUACCAGAGGGGCUGGACUCAGCUAUAGCUGCCCCGAUGCUCUGCGCCGGUGUGACGGUGUACGCUGCUCUACUGCGUAGUCAGGCAAAGUCCGGCAACUGGGUUGUCAUCGCUGGGGCGGGAGGUGGCUUAGGUCAUCUAGCUUGCCAGCUCGGGUCCAGAGCUCUAGGCCUGCGCGUCAUCGGCGUCGAUGACAACAGCAAGGCUGAUCUCGUGCAUAGUUCUGGUGCAGAGCACUUUGUCGAUGUGAGGGGCUUCUCAAGCGACGAGGAGAUGACGACCAAGAUCAAGAAUUUGACCGGCGGCCUCGGUGCUCACGCAGUCAUUGUGUGCACGGCCUCCCCGAGAGCUUACGCACAAUCUAUGGGUUUUUUGCGAUUCAAUGGAACUGUUGUCUGCGUUGGAAUGGUUGAGGGCGACGAAGUGCCUAUCGCGGGGGCAAAGCCUGUCCAGAUGAUUUCACAGCAGUUGCGAAUUGUAGGUUCCGCGGUUGGAAAUCAGCAGCACGCCAUCGAAGUUCUUGACUUUGCUGCUCGUGGUAUCAUCAAGCCACACGUGGGGGUUCGCAAGAUGGAAGAUUUGACUGAGGUAUUUAUGGAUAUGAAAGAGGGGAAACUUCAUGGAAGAGUUGUACUUGAUUUGGCUUGA